AUGUGGCGAACGGUGUGUGUGGGCCGCCGGUUGUUGCGGCCUGUUUGCGCCGCCUCAGCGGGCCCCCUCCGGCUUCAACCGCACCCUCGGCUGGUCGAGGCUGCCCGCAGGAGCUGCGCGGGGGUGGGAGGCGGCGGUGCUGGGGGAUUGGGGGCAGUGGCGGUGGAGCGGCAGCAGACGGCAGAUACUGUUCUUCCAGCAUUCAACAUCGACUUUGUUGUAGCUCUUCUGAGGCAAGAAAAUGCAAAAGACAUCUGUGUCAUCCAGCUACCUCCAGAAAUACAAUACUGCGAUUAUUUUAUAAUUGUGAGUGGAUCUUCAACACGGCAUCUCCAUGCAAUGGCACAUUACAUGCUGAAAAUGUACAAGCUUCACAAAAAAGAAGGUGAUCCUCAUACUCAGAUUGAAGGGAAGGAGACAGAUGACUGGCUGUGCAUUGAUUUUGGUACCAUAGUUAUCCACUUCAUGCUGCCAGAGACAAGAGAGGUUUAUGAGUUAGAGAAGCUAUGGACUCUUGGUGCCUAUGAUGACCAGUUAGCACAGAUGACUUCACAGUCACUGCCAGAAGACUUUAUACUUGGACUGACAUCUAAUAGCAGUGAUCACCUUGAGACAAGAACUUAAUGCAGCUGCUGAGUGGAAAGAGAACUGAGCAUGCAUCACAGAUCUAAGAUACAGUCCUGAUUGCUGACUUAACAGUCACUGCAGUUGAUCAGUGCAAAGCAGUGGAUUUGGUGGAUGUGCAUAGGUAAAGCUCUUGCUAAGAUACCAAAAUUUGAGUAAUCACAGAAUCAGGAAGGUUGGAAAAGACCCUUAAAAUCAAGUUUGACCAUAAAACGUCAAAGAAGGAAUCCCGUUGUAAGGGUGUUCUUGUUUUUUUUCUCCUGGCAGAGUUACUGUCUCAGCAGAGUUUGCAGUGAAAAGAGACAGCUGCUUAAGCUACUUACCCUGAAAUUCAUGCUCAGCCUCUACAGUAAUUGUUUUUCUAGUAUCUUUAUAAGCCCUGCCUGUGGUAGCAGUGCAAAAAAGUGCUGCAAGGAAAGAAAUACAGCAAAACAGUACAGUGCAGAUACAGCUUCUUGUAGUAAGCCAUUUGCUUCUGGUCACAAUGAAGUCAGUCAUGCUACAAAUCAAAGGAGGAGCAAAACCAGGCUGGUGUUACUGAGCACAUAAAAGCCAAGAGCAGCAGUGACAAAUGUCUUAAUUUAACACAACAUUAAGUCUGUUUUUCAGCCAAGGCCAAUCUGGUUUUAAUAAUUAAAAAUAAAAGC